AUGCGUUUGCAACAAGACUACCGUUACCUGUCUUAAGCCAAACGUACUUUGUCGUUCAUCCUCCGGGCUCCCUGCUGGUCGAUUUUCAUCACAAACGCAUCGCCCGCUUGUAGGCUAUACAAGCUGCCCGGUGGAUUCCUUUCCUUCAUUCGGUCACUCAUUCCCACACAUCGCUUCUCAUGUCUACCAACAUCAAUUCGCUCAUCGCCUCGAUCAUCAAACUCAAUGGGUCGAACUACUAUGAUUGGAAGUUCGCCAUGCAGAUGAUUCUCCGUCGCGCCGGCUGCUGGCACGUUGUUAGCGGCAAACUCUUAUGUCCAGAUGAUGACCCUAAGAAGGCUGCGAUCUGGGAUUCGCUAUCCGAGGAUGGUCUCACUGCGAUCGGGCUUGCUGUGGAGCAGAGCGAGACAGCGCACAUUUGUGAGUGCAACACUGGUCCUGGAGCCUGGAAGGCUCUUGCCGCUAUUUACGAGCGGAAUGGUCGCGCUACGCGCAUCAUGCUCAAGCGUCAGUUCUACAUGUUCUCCCAUGAGAUUGAGAACCCCAUCAUCGAGUAUGUCACUGGUAUCACCACCAUCAUCAGCAAACUCAAGGCCAUUGGCGUCACCGUUGAGGAUGAAGAUGUCACCGAUGUCCUUAUCUACGCCCGCGCACCUGAGUACACUGCUGUUGCGACUUCCCUCAUGCAAUCGACUUCUUCCCCUUCCAUUGCCGACAUCACUGCUAGCCUCAUCGAGGCUGAGGAGCAGAUGAAGAAGCUCACCCCCGAAGGUGCCCUUGGUGCUCUGAAUGUCAGCACAUCUCCAGUCGAGGACACUGCUUUGGAGGAUGAUGUUCAUGCAAAGAUGGCCUUCACGGACCCUCAUUACCCUGGACUUCAGUUGUUCUAGACAACUAUCGCUCGACUGCAGGAUUCAGAUCAUGCCGACGUGGCAAGUAGGAGUUUGGCAGAACUCAUUGUUGGGUCACUUACUCGGAGGGUCAGUCGCUGGAAGAUGCUGGAUAUGUAGGUUGUGGAUAGGUUGAUUUUUGUUGUUUGUUGUGUUAUCUCAUUCAGUGGGUGACUUUGUUAUUCGUCGCCUUUAGCGAGUGGGUGUGUUGUAAAUUGGGCGCUUCGGUGACUCAUGGAGAUUAGCGGUCGGAGCAUGAACCUUACGUAGAUCGUAGCGUACAUGAAUCCGUAGCAUACUUGUUUUCUUUAUGCGUUUGCAACAAGACUACCGUUACCUGU